AUGUCAUUCGGCGAAGCACCAACAGUCGUGUGCAAAAAGACGUUGGCGACUAUUGACCCACUCCCGCCCGUCUGUCUGCCCGAGGCCAGGGCAGGAGAAAAGGUCCACACACCGUGCCCACUGCAUCAGUUCUUCAAACAGGACGGAGAUGCAAAACACGUGUAUGCUGAGUGCCAGGCUGACGGACAGUGGCAUCCGCACGUCGACUACCGGGCGUGCUGGUCACAGGUGAUUGGUCGUCAUCGGAUACUAGUUGACAUGUACACAGUUGGAUACUCCCUCUCUCUAGUCAGUCUGGUCAUCGCCGUUGUUAUCCUUGUCUCCUUCAAGAGGCUUCACUGCACUAGGAACUUUAUCCACGUGCACUUGUUCGUGUCCGGCGUCUUGAAGGCAGCACUCUUGUUUCUGCGGGACUACUUUGGUGACACCAGAAGAGAUCUAACUCUCUGGACCCACUUGUGUAUCCUUUCGCGACAUGAAAUUUCCAGUUAUGAUCCCAACAUGCUCACUUUGUCCACACAUGAGUCACAGGUUGGAUGUAAAGUAGCGAACAGCAUGUUCCACUACGCCACUUUGGCCAUGUACUUCUGGGUACUAGUGGAGGCCCUGUACCUUCACAACCUCAUCUUCGUGUCCGUCUUCUCCGAGAAGAAGACUUUGAAGUGGUUUGUCCUGAUGGGAUGGGGGGUGCCCAUGCUGUUUAUCGCUCCCUGGAUUGCAGUCAAAGCAGUGAAUGAUGACGGGAAUGACGGGAACUGCUGGAGCGACAGUGCCCACCCGGAAUACCAAUGGUUUUACAGAGGACCGAUAUCAGUCACAAUCGUGGUGAACUUCCUCCUGUUUAUCAACAUCAUCCGAGUCCUGGCGGAAAAGCUGCGAGGUGCAGCCACGGCAGGCUCCCACGACAGUGGCGGCUUCCGUUGUUGCCACUGGCCGGACGGAAUAAGCUGGCGACUGGCUAAAUCUACCCUAGUGCUGAUUCCUCUGUUCGGGGUGAGUGGGAUCAUCUUCGUCUUCAUGCCGCCGGACAUCGAAGGAGACGCACAAGAUGUUCGUCUUUCAUUUGACCUUUUCUUUAACUCUUUUCAGGGUUUUUUUGUUGCAGUGCUGUUCUGUUUCCUGAAUGGGGAGGUAAAAGGCGAGUUUCAGAAGCGAUGGGAACGUUGGCAGAUGUCGCGGACCCUGAGACACCAAAGUAUGAGAUGCUCACGCCUUUCCAGCUACCAAACACGGAGUACACGCAGCAACAGCCUUGCACUCACACAGAUCUCGUGUGCAUCCCCGUCAAAUGCACCUUUCCUGACUCCUGACCAGACACCAAACAGCACAGCCCUCCCGAAGAUGGCGGUCACCGGCGGCUACAUCCCUCUUUCGGACACCGCCACUUCAACAUGUACACAAGGAGGGCAACCAUCUGCACACCGUAUCUUUCAAGAGGAUUAUUCGCCGGCCAUUCCUAACGACCUUACUGAUAUAGAAGAAUCCUUUGUUUCAACCAUGUUUGACCAACCUUGCGGCAAUCGUACUUCACAGUAAAUAGAUUUUCAGAACUUAU